GGGAGGAUGCUGCUACCCGACUCCCCCUACGCCGAGCGCCCGCAGAGCGCUCCGCCCGGCCUCUGCACGGCUCCUGCCAGCCGGCGCCGGGUUGGUGCGCGCCCCUGUCUGUCGCCGCGGCUCCGCCCCUCCACCGCUCUGCCCUCCUCUGCCGCGGGUCCCACGCCCGCCCCCCUUGCGGCGCCGGAUCCGGUCGCCGCCUCCUUGGGGACUGGGGACGCGACCUGCUUUACCUCUGCGCCGCCCAGGCUUUCCCCCACAAUUCGGAGGGCUCAGAUCUCCGUGCAUAGGGCGCGAAGGGCGCGGACGCAGGAUUCGCAGCUCUCCGGCUCCCGGGACUGCAAAAGCCUGGGAUUCUGCGUGGCCGCCGGAGUUGACCCCACGUUCUGCACUGGAAAAGAGUUGAAGAUAAAGUUUGCGCCGAAGUCCCCUGGCGGCUGUACGCUCCAACCUUGGAGAGCAUUUCCUCCGGGAACUGAAGACGCAGCACGCCGGGGAGCCUCAGAAGAGAGCGGUUCCCAGGCUCUUGACACCCGGCUCGCCCUUUUCAGUUGGGUCUCACUGAAUUGCCCUGUUUGGGCUCAAACUUGUGAUCCUUCUGCCUCAGCCUCCUAGAAUGCUAGGAUUACAGAUGUGCACCACCAACCUAUCAGAAGUGCGGUGGAUCCACCACCCACUCAGCCUGGGAAAACUGCAAGGAGAUCUUCAAGACCCUUCUGCCACAUCUGAAUGGGGACCUAUGUGAAUUUACCUGGACAGUACCAUCCAGGCUUCUCUGUGUCACUGGGGGCUUAAAGAUUCACCUUUGGGAAAUUUCUGUCCCUGAGCACCAAGACAGAUUCAUUCGUUCCUUCAUAUUUUCAGCAAGUAUGAAUUUUUAGUGAAACUUAAAUGCAUAGAAUCAAAUUGAGACAUUCCAUCUUCAGUAGUUCAAUAAAAAGGGUAACCCUUUUUAUGUUUUAAUAUAAUAAACAUAUUAACCCAUCAAACAGAACCUCCAGAGAUAACCACUCUACUUCAGUUUAGAAAUUUAGAUGAAAUAGUCAUGUUCCAAGAGGAAUACUUAAAAAAAAAAAAAAAAAAAAAAACUGGCCUUAACAAUCUCAAAAAGAAAUAUCCUGAACAAUUUUGGAAUUACUAAGGAACUGAAGCAGCCACUUAAAGUAUUCCCAUAAGAAAAACAACAGGCUGUGGCAGAUAGACUUAAAGGAUAUAAUCAAACUUUAGAUAGCCUCUGUCUUCUAUCUUAUGCAAACUCUUCCACAGAGUACAAAAUAAGAGAAUGUUUUCCCAACUCAUCCUACGGGGAUAUGAACUCAAAGGGAAUUUCAGAGAAGAAAAUAGACCCAUUCAUUGACUAAAAUAUUCAUAAAACUCAUUAAAUAUCAGCAAAACUAAUGAAGUCAGAGGGGCAGACAGUGCACUACACCCAAGUCAAGCUUAUCCCAGCAACAUAACCAUGACCUUAAGUAUUUGCUAAGCACGUACAUGAUGCCAGGUGCCAUCUCUCACUGUGGGACACAGGUAUGAAGCAAAGCUGGUUUCCCAUCCUCAUGGAAUUUGCUCUCUUGGGAGAGACAUUCCAUAUACGUGCAUUUUUUAAAAACAGGAUUACUAUUGGACAUUGCUUGAACAAUUUGCUCUCUGUGAAA